UUUAAGGUAGCAUUGAUACUACAACUACAAAGAUUCUAGGUACACUUUAGUUGAAGGUUUUUCACUGCGGCCAAAGCACAAACACAUACACAGCAAUGUCAAUUUCUGUAUUCAGAUCAAAGCACACUCUCAUCGUUCCCAUUCUCAAUUCUCUUCCAAUCUCCACUUUUCUCCUUCGAUUUUACUCAUUCAGUCAUCCUCUUCCUUCAUUCAUCCCCAAUGUCGACGACGCCGUUUCAUCCUUCAAUCGCAUCCUCAACAUCAACCCUACCCCACCCAUCUUUGAAUUCGGUAAGAUUCUAUCUUCCCUUGUUAAGUUGAAUCACUUUCACACCGCUAUUUCAUUUUCACAACAAAUGGAACUCAAAGGAAUUCAACCUAACAUUGUUACUUUAACCAUUUUGAUUAAUUCUUUCUGCCACUUAAAUCAACUCAAUUUCGCUUUUUCUAUAUUGGGUAAGAUUCUUAAGCUAGGUUACGAGCCGAAUACUGUAACAUUAACUACACUUAUCAACGGUCUUUGUCUUAACGGCGAGGUUAAGAAAGCAUUUCACUUCUAUGAUGAUGUUAUAGCAAAAGAAUUUCAGUUAAAUCAGUUUAGUUAUGGGAUUUUGAUUAACGGAUUAUGUAAAUCCGGUGAAACUAAAGCUGCAUUGUCUUUGCUUAGAAUGAUCGAAGGGUUGUCUGUUAAGCCUGAUGUGGUAAUGUAUACUACAAUCAUUGAUAGUUUGUGUAAGGAUAAACUCGUGACCGAUGCUUAUGAGUUGUAUUCUGAAAUGGUUGAAAAGAAGAUUUUUCCGAAUGUUGUUACUUAUAGUACGUUGAUAUAUGGUUUUUGUAUUGUGGGUCAGUUGAAAGAUGCUGUUAGGUUGUUUAAUGAAAUGAUGUUGAAAAACAUUGACCCGGAUGUUUAUACUUUUAAUAUAUUGAUUGAUGGGUUGUGUAAGAAUGGAGAGAUGAGAAAAGCUAGGAAUUUGUUGGGUUUGAUGAUAAAAAGUGGAGUUAAACUUAAUGUUGUUACUUAUAGUUCUUUAAUGGAUGGGUAUUUUCAAGUCAAUGAAGUGAAUAAGGCGAAAGAUGUAUUCGAGAUUAUGGUGCGAUGGGGAGUGAGUCCUAAUAUUCACAGCUAUAAUAUUAUGAUUGAUGGAUUGUGUAAUAGUAAAAUGGUGGAUGAAGCUGUGAAUCUUUUUAAGAAAAUGCAUUUACGAAAUAUGGUUCCUAAUACGGUGACGUACAAUUCUCUUAUUUAUGGACUUUGUAAAUCCGGAAGAAUUUCGUAUGUUUUGGAUCUUAUUGAUGAGAUGUGUGAUAGAGGUCAAGCAGCUAAUGUGAUCACGUACACUUCCUUAAUGGACGCGUUGUGCAAAAACCAUAAUCUUGACAAGGCAAUUGAGUUCUUUACAAAAAUUAAUGAUUGGGGUAUUCAGGCAGAUGUGCACACAUACACUGUUCUAAUUGAUGGAUUGUGCAAAGGCGGAAGGCUUAAGAAUGCGCUAGAGGUUUUCAGGAUACUUCUAAUUAAAGGUUAUCAUCUAGAUGUCUUGACGUAUACUGUUAUGAUCAGUGGCCUUUGUAAAGAGGGCUUGUUUGAUGAAGUAUUGACCUUGCUUUCAAAAAUGGAAGAGAAUGGUUGCGCUCCUGAUGCUAUAACUUACGAAAUAAUUAUUUGUGCUCUAUUUGGAAAAGGCAAGAUAGAUAUGGCAGAGAAACUUCUUUGUGAAAUGAUUGCUAGAGGUCUAUUGGAUUCAAAUGAUUUAACUCGUAAGAGGCAUUCAACACAAGGAGAUGGAAUCCUCAAUGAUGCUGCAAGAUCAAAGAUUCUGAAAAAAGAAAGUAGAAUUGAAAAGAUUGAAGGAAUUGCACUAAACCAAAUCGAAAAUUCAUUUACGCUGUCAGUGUAUAGAAACGGCAUUCACAAACGUUGCAGCCAAGCUCAGUUAUCAAUGUUAAGGUAUUCGUCUCUCUUCUCUGUUCCUUCUACUCUCAAUUUGUUUCUUCUUCAUCGUCGAUUACACAUUCAGCCUCUUCCUUCGUUCAUUGACAAUGUUAAUGAUGCUGUUUCCUCAUUCAAUCGUAUUCUCCAUAUGAAGAAUCCUACCCCACCCAUCUUUGAAUUUAAUAAGAUUUUAUCUUCUCUUGCUAAGUUGAAUCAUUUCAAUAUUGCUAUUUCUUUUUCUCAACAAAUGGAACUUAAACCAAUUCAACCUGACAUUUUUACUUUAAGCAUCUUGAUUAAUUGUUUUUGCCACUUGAAUCAACUCAAUUACGCUUUUUCUAUAUUGGGUAAGAUUCUUAAACUAGGUUAUGAGCCGAAUACUGUAACUUUAACUACACUUAUCAAAGGUCUUUGUCUUAAUGGUGAGGUUAGGAAAGCCCUUUACUUUCAUAACGAUGUUAUAGCAAAGGGAUUUUACUAUAGUGUUUGGGAUCUUCUUGUCGAGAUGCAUGAUAUAGGCCAACCUGCUAAUGUGAUCACUUACAAUUCUUUAUUAGAUGCUUUAUGCAAAAACCAUCAGGUUGACAAGGCGAUUGCAUUAUUAAAAAAGAUCAAAGACCAGGGAAUUCAGCCAAGUAUGUAUUCAUACACUAUACUUGUUGGUGGACUAUGCAAAAACGGAAGACUUGAGGAUGCACAAGAAGUUUAUCGGGAUCUUACGAUUAAAGGCUAUCAUUUAGAUGCUAAGAUGUAUACUGUGAUGAUUAAUGGGCUUUGUAAAGAAGGGUUUUUCGAUGAAGCAUUGUCCUUACUCUCAAAAAUGAAAGACAACGGUUGCACUCCUGAUGGUGUAACUUAUGAAAUUAUUAUUCGUGCUUUGUUUGAAAGCGACAGAAAUGAUAAGGCGGUGAAAGUUAUUCGUGAAAUGAUUGCUAGAGGUCUACUCUAAAGAGUAAAACUAGACAAAGCAUAAUCAAUACAAAUUAUUGAGCAUACAAGUAUUUGUAUGUUCUCAUUUGCAUCACCACAUCUGCUAAAGACCAAAUUACCAGCAACAAGUCUUUGCAUUCUAAAAGAAUUUGUGGGAAGGGAACCAUGGAGUAAGUUCUAGUUAAACUCAGGAGUUGCAGGAGAUGUAGUGUAGUAGACAGGAUAAGGCACUGGGAAGCUGAUUGCAAUUUGCACAGAGAAAUAACCUGAAUUAAACUGAAUCCAAUUGGUGUUCUUAAUGAUAAAAAAAAAGGCUUCUGAUUUUGGAUUGAAUUUGUCUUAGAAUUUGUGUUGUCAGAUGGUCACAAUUCCAAAUACCAUUUUGGAAAAGAUUUUAAGCAUGGGUUGGAAUUCACAGGCUGUGAACAUAGAGGGAUUAAAUGAAUCUCAGUUAACUGGUGGGAUUCACAUGUGUUACUUUUUUUUUCUUUCAAUAAUUUACCUAUAAAUAAUUUAAUUUUUCUAAAUAAUAAGAUAAAAUUUUAUAAUUA